AUGACACAACUUGAGAAUGAAUUCCCAAACAAAGACUCUCUUCGCUUCUUCUCGUUAGGAGGGUCAAAUGAGGUGGGCAGAUCAUGCCAUAUCCUUCAAUAUAAAGGGAAAACCAUCAUGUUAGAUGCAGGUAUCCAUCCUGCUCACCAAGGAAUAGCGUCGCUACCUUUCUACGAUGAGUUUGAUCUUUCGACGGUUGAUCUACUACUAAUUUCUCAUUUCCAUCUUGACCAUGCAGCAUCGUUACCAUACGUUAUGCAGCGUACGAACUUCAAUGGGAGAGUUUUUAUGACUCACCCUACAAAGGCCAUUUAUAGGUGGCUUUUGAAUGAUUUUGUUAAGGUUACCAGUAUAGGGGACAGUCUAGGCUCUGAUUCAAAGAACGACAACCUUUACUCUGACGAAGACUUGGCAGAAUCGUUCGACAGAAUUGAAACGAUUGAUUAUCACUCAACGAUUGAAGUUAAUGGUAUUAAGUUCACAGCGUUCCAUGCGGGUCAUGUUCUUGGUGCAGCAAUGUUCCAGAUUGAAAUUGCUGGUGUGCGCGUUCUAUUUACUGGUGAUUAUUCGAGAGAGGUCGAUCGUCAUUUGAACUCUGCAGAAGUGCCACCGCAACCGUCAGAUGUCAUGAUAGUAGAAAGUACGUUCGGUACAGCCACGCAUGAACCUAGACAAAAUAGAGAAAGGAAACUAACCCAAUUGAUUCACAGUGUUGUUGCGAAAGGUGGUCGUGUUCUUUUGCCAGUUUUUGCUUUGGGAAGAGCCCAGGAAAUCAUGCUUAUAUUAGACGAAUAUUGGCAAACUCAUAAGGAGGAACUUGGCAACGGUCAGGUUCCCAUUUUUUAUGCCUCUAACCUUGCUAAGAAAUGUAUGAGUGUGUUUCAAACAUAUGUUAACAUGAUGAACGAUGACAUCCGCAAAAAGUUUAAAGAUUCUCAAACAAAUCCAUUCAUAUUCAAAAACAUAGCAUACUUGAAAAACCUAGAUGAAUUCCAGGAUUUUGGACCAAGUGUUAUGCUAGCAUCACCGGGUAUGCUUCAAAAUGGUCUCUCUAGGGAUAUUUUGGAGAAGUGGUGUCCGGAUGAAAAGAAUUUAGUCUUAAUCACUGGUUAUUCCGUUGAAGGAACUAUGGCAAAAUAUCUUCUAUUAGAACCAGAUUCAAUUCCUUCAGCUUACAACCCUGAUAUGACUAUCCCUAGACGUUGUCAGGUUGAUGAAAUUACAUUUGCAGCUCAUGUGGACUUCAGAGAGAAUCUAGAGUUUAUUGAAUUGAUAGGGGCUAGUAAUAUCAUUUUGGUACACGGUGAAUCAAACCCAAUGGGUCGUCUAAAAUCAGCAUUAUUGUCGAAUUUCAGUUCGUUAAAAGGUACUGAAAAUGAGGUUCAUGUUUACAACCCAAGAAACUGUGUAUUCGUGGACAUCGAAUUCAAGGACAUUAAAGUUGCUAAGGCCAUCGGGAUGAUAGUAGAUGAUCUAGAUGAAUUUGUAGAAAACAAGUUGAAGCAAGAAACAAAGAUCACAGAGAUUAAGACUGAAGAAGAAGCCGAAGGACAAGAGCAAAAACAAGAGCAAAAACUAGAUGCAUCUAAAGAAGAAAGUGAGAGAAUUGUAUCAGGUAUAUUGGUUUCGGAUGAGAAGAACUUUGACCUAAAUUUAGUUUCACUCUCAGAUCUAAGAGAACAUUAUCAGCAAUUAUCAACUACAGUUUUGACAGAAAGACAGACAGUCCAUUUGGACUGUAAAAACGAGCUAGUUUAUUGGCAUUUAUGCCAAAUGUUUGGAGAUAUUGAGGUUUAUAUCGACGAAGAAAAUGUAUCACUAAAAAAUGUAAAUCCAGAGUUCAAAACAAGGAAAAUAAAGAAGGGCGAAUUAGAGCUCAGAAUUAUGGGGGACGUGAUACUCAAUAUAACAGACCAUGUUGCCACACUACAGUGGACUCAAAAUGUUAUAAGUGAUGCUGUAGCAGAUAGUGUUAUGGCAAUUCUCCUCAGUGUAGAAAGUGCGCCAGCCAGUGUUAAAAUGAGUUCACAUGCUUCAAACCAUCAUCACGGACACGAUGAUCAUACUUCUAAGAUUAAAAAGAUUUCUAGAAUUUUCAAGGAGCAAUUUGGUGAAAGUUUCUCGUUGCAACUAAACGAAGAAGACUCCAAAGCAGAAAUAAAGGGGACCAUCGACUUGGGUAAAAUCAGUGCGAUAAUAAACUUCUCUAAAAUGGUAGUUGAAGAAUGCAACUCAAAUCCAUUGAAGGGAAGAAUAGAGAGUCUACUAAAAAUUGGGACAGAUCUAGUAGCUCCAUUGUGCUAA